CUUGGGCUGCCGGCAGCAGCAUCCGCUCCGAGGGACCGCCUUUGAGGAGCAUCAACGAGAGCUUGGCCAUAUUGUGCAUCCACCUCAUCGUAAAUCGGCUGAGUCACACCUAUACCGGCGGUCUCAGUUUUAACAAUAAAAUAGGACAACAAAAUCAACAAGGAUUAAAAUAAAAAAAAACGUUAGCAGGUAAGGGUUGAUGUAUUAGUCAAUGGCAUAUACAGGUUUAUCGUUAUUAUCAUAAAUAGUGCUAAUUGCAAGUAACAUCCAAAGGAUACUACAAAUGAUGUUUUAUUUGCGAGCGCUCCUUCUGGUAUUCUAUAAUGAAAUUAACAUAGAUAUGCAACGUGGAUUGUUUUGUUAUCAAUUGCAGUGUGUUUGCUAUCCAGGUGUGUUUUUGUUUCAUCUCAGGAAUGAUUGUCUACGUUAAGAUAAAACGAAAAUAAUCAUAUGCCAUUCAUAAUUUAGACGACGCAUGUAUUCGUCAGACAAUCACUAUUAAACGCCCUGUCCUUCUCCGAACAGGUUUUUACACCGUAUCGUCUCGGAAAAUGGUUAAAUUGGGGAAUAAUUUCAGUGACAAAAACAACGCCAAAGCCGUCUCAGAAGAUGGAUUCGACACCAUUCCCCUCAUAACACCCUUGGAUGCCAGUCAACUGCAGUUCCCUGUACUCGACAAGGUAAUAUUUAUUCAAGUGAAUUGAAAGCCUAUUGACGCAAUAUACUCUACCCAUCGUCAAUGUUUUAAUGGAGUCCGUUUUCUUCAUAGUCUGAAAUAAUAUGAAUGUGACCAAAUAAGGAUCCAAUAGAAAUAAACGUGUCAUUGUAAUCACUAUUUUGUCAAUAGCCUCAAAUAAACAUCUAUCAGUCUAUUCUCCAUUACACACAUUAAGGAAAUAGCCUACAAUUGAUUCCAUGUUACACCUUCAUGCAGGCCUAUGAUCAACAUUAUUUAUUUACAUCUUGGCAUUUGUCUUUGUGUUUCAGGUGGUGGUAAAGACCAAAACAGACUAUGAUGGGGAGCACAAGAAGAGCAAGCUGCACUCCCCCAAGAUAGCAGAAUUCUCAAUAAGCAUCAUCGAAGGGGUAUCUGAACGACUUAAAGUAAGACAUGUUUUCUUCUUCUUCUUCACUCAAGCCCUCAACCCUUGAUUAAUUCAACUGCCAUGGCAAUGGCCUUGUAAUGGUUAUGUCUCACUCAGUUUACAUAGAGGUCUUUGAGAAGCAAAUUGUUAGGCUACAGACCACCUUAAAAAGCCAUACCUGCUCACUAUCUAAGAGUGGUCCAUCAAAAACAUUGGUGCGAAUGCAUUCCAUGACAUCCCAUAGCACAAUUGAUUUCUAUCUCUGUAGUGCUCAUGUGCUCUUUGUGGUAUUUUCCAGCUCACUAUGCUGAUAUCUUUGAAUCUGAAGUCUUAAGGCAUAAUGUGUUAUCAGAUAGGGCAAGACAUUUACUUUUCUGUAGGUAAUAUGCACACUGUAGUUGAAAGGGACUACGUGGGUUCUUUCUUCUCUGGCACCAUGCUGGUUUUGCAUAGCAGCCCUUGAUAUCAAUUCUUUAAUGAUUUCCGCAAGAUGUUUCUAACUCUAGUAGAGAAAUAUGACAUCAUCUACAUCCUGGAAAAUCAGAAGGAACUCUUAUUAAACCUCAGUGUCAAUAAAAAUUGAUGAUAUCAUACACUAUGUUUGGGCCUGUGACCAAGACAAGAUCAGGUCCCCUAUUUAUAAAGUGUCCCAGAGUAGGAUUGCUGAUCUAGGACCAGUUUAGCCUUUUUUUUAUUAUAAUGGUCCUAGUACAGCACUCCUUCUCUGAGACGCUUUAUAAAUACGGGCCCUGGCCUCAUCAUUGAGGCUGGCAUAUUUUACAAAGUGAUUUUCCCGACACCUCUCUCCCACUCCCCGCCAACUCCUUCCUCGAAGUGCCUGUAGCCAUUGCAUAACACCCUGGAGAUGUCAGUGCAAUGUACUUGUACUAUUUUAAAGACAUCCUGGAUCAGCAUGCCUCCUCCUCCUACUGAGACACUAUAUAAAUAUGGGCCAUGAAAUAAUUGGAUUGGUGGAGGUGAUAUGGUAAUAACUCCACCUAUCCCUGUGGUUGGCAAAUGGAGAUUCUGGCAUAUUUCUUACACCCAUCUAGUUCAGUAAUCUACCACAGAGUAGUAUCUAGGGGCUAGCCGUCUAGGGAUUGAUUUGGGUUUGGGCAUAGUGUGACCCAUCAGUAACCCAGAGGCGAUGUUUGUGUCUCUCAUCUUCCCAGGUCACUCUGCUGGUGAUUUGUGCUUUGGCAUUUCUGGUCUGCGUGGUGUUUCUGGUGGUCUAUAAAGUCUACCAAUAUGAGCAGCCCUGUCCAGAUGGCUUCAUGUAUAUGGUAAGCAACUACAGUAAGCAUCCCACUGGGCACACACUGGUUGAAUCAACGUUGUUUCAACGUAAUUUGUCAACGUAUUGUGACGUGGAAUCAACGUGGAAAAUGAAUUGGAUUUGAAAAAAGUAAUCAACCUGGUCCCGGUUUCCCGAUAGCGAUGGAAUUUAGGCUUAAGAGUGUUUUAACUAUGCAUCAUAAAAAUAACAGCCGAAGAUGUCACACCCGUUUCCCAAAACACCACGCAGUGCACUCGUUACAAAGUGAAACUUAACUGCGUCGUUACAGGAGCUGUCCCGUGCUGAAAAUGAUUCCACAAUAAAGGCUAAAGAGCUCACUGUAGCUCUUAAAUUAUUAAUGAUUAUUCAAAGUCUUCUUUUUUUUUUGUCUCUUUUUUUACACAAUUUUCCUAUCAAGAGAAUAAAUGUUCUGUAGCCUAUUAUGUAUUUAAGUGUUUGUAUUAUGUUUGCCAAGUUUAUGUAUUCUAAGUGUUUACUCGUACCAUUUUGUAUGCAAUGUUUGAUGUAAAUUCUGAAUUUUUCAGUUUGUUUAAAUUGUGAGCAAGAAUUAAUAAAGCUAAUGUCGCUCGUUCCCUCUUUCGCUAGACAAUAUCGACGUGACCUAAAAAUAGGAUAUGAUGACAAUGUUUUUUGUAAUUGCUCAACAAAUCAUUGUAGCCUAAUGGUAGGCAGGAAUUGGGCUUCAAGUUGGCCUACAGAUAUUCUACAAUUAAAUCACUAAACAAUUUAAAAUAAUUAAACAUGAAGUAGCAAGUUAAGCGAUGUUGCAAUAGACCUAACCUUUAGGUUAUUGGUUAGACUACAGUGAAAUGCAUGAGCUUUUAGAUAAUAGCAACCUAUAGGCCUAAUAGUUAUGAAUAUGGAAGACUCAGGUGUAGCCUAAUGGCUUAUUACUAGGUAGGUCUAUCAAUUGCACAUGAAAGUGCUCUCAAUAUUUAACCUAAUUAUAUAAUAGCUAGAUUAUUAUGCUAUUUCAGUUUUCAUAAAAACAUUUUAAUGUAUCCUUGCUUUGCUAUUCAACUAUGACGUUUUCGGCGGUCACAGAGAGACAUCUUCAUUCUAUGUUUAGCUGAGAUUUUCUGUCUAUAAAGUGGGUAAACGGUGAUCUAAUGAUCAGAGGCGUCAGAGGCAGGCGUUAGAUUACGAGCAAUUUCAAGUGCAACGUUAAUAAAGACGGUUUUGGGAAACAGCUCAGAAAUUUUAAGAUGCUCUUAUGAAGGUUCUAAUGAUGAACUUAGCCUUAAGAUGCUUUUGGGAAACCGGGCCCAGUAAUGUUUUAAUCUCAUUUCAACCAGCAUUGUAAACAUUGAAAUUAGGGUAAAACUUCAACGUAAAUACAUUGACUUAACCUGAUUAACAGGUUGUUACAUCAAUCUAAUUUCAACAUAUACAUAGUUCUGAUGAUUAUGUUGAAAUUGCAUUGAAAAUUCCAUGUAGAAACAUUUAUUUUUUAAAUCCUACAUCAAUUGGGUGGUUGAAAUUAUGUAGAAUUUCAUAUUUGAUUAGACAUGUUGUUUGACCUUGUUUCAAUGUUGAUAGUAAAAUGGUAUAUUUGAAUCAACGUCAUUGUUUCAACAUCAUUCCAUCAACCGAAAUAAAGAGAUAUAUUGAAAUAAAAUGUGAAGCCACAGUCCAACGAUUCCUGACUGAACAGGGACUCCUACUGGAAUAUGAGGGGUAAUGCACUUCAGUGAGAAGAAGUCUACCAUCCAGAUGCCUACCUCUAUGUGUCCUGCUUAGCUUUGGAAACAAGCUGUGUUUGAGUCAGCUGAGCUAUAUUGUCAACACAUUUAGACAUUGAUCAGCUUCCAUACUAAUUUUCGUAGACUACCUAAAUAACGUUGAAUAGUUUAAGGUAGAGGCCGACCGAUAUGGGAUUUCUGGAUCCGAAUCCGAUUUUAGAGUGGAAAUAUUCACCGAUAACCGAUAUCUGCCAAUAUGUUUAUUAUAGGUAGAUUGUGCUUAAAACAGCCCUACAAAGAUACUCAAAGCUGAUUUCUUAAAUUUGAGGAAACAACAUUAAUGUAAGCACCACAUAGAAUUUAGGUGCACAAGAAAGCAGAGAUUAUUUAAUGGAAUAACUGUGCUACUCUAGUGAAAGGAGGAUAAACUGCACUGAUUCCAGCAAAAACAUUUCCCCCCCUAGGCUCUGAAAACUGAGCUGCCUCAUGCUAGCCAGCUGGAAAACAACGACAUAGGACACAUUUUCAAUGUUUUGGUAUUUAGCUAUGUUUUCAUCAUUUGUAAGGCUGUAGCCACUGAAUUCUGGUAGUUGUCACUUGAAAGGAAAAACAUCAAUCACAAAAUGUGCCGCUGACAGCGUUGCCUCAGUGAACCGUCGUCCCUACUCCAUUGAAGUUGACAUUUCAAAUUGUUAAAGUUUGGGUUAGGUUAGGGUUAAGGUUUGGGUUUAGCGUAGGGAUGUCCCAAGGAUCCCGAAUAGCAGUAACCCUCCAUGAACGGCGACAAGUACUCUCACACAGCUAGUUAUCUGGCAAGUUAGUUAGCUAGCACUCGUCAUGGAAAUGGGGGUGGCGAUUGGCGAAACGUGAAUUUGAACCAGUGCCUAUCAAGUGACAAUGAAUCCAUACAUCAAAACGUAGCUACGAAGCACUACUUUGUAACCUGCUAUGUUUUUUUCGUGUCUCUGAAAACAUUUGAAUGACAGAGCUUGAGGAAUACCAUUUGCAAAGAGCAAAUAUAACACAAUUUUUCACUGGCUUCACUAAAGGGCUGUAGCUUUGUUACCACAAAGUUGAAUGUUCUUAGCAAGGCACUUGCUUUACAUUUGGACAGCAUCCAUUGUUUGUCAUGACACCCAACACCCUCCAUGACACUUCACGUAACAGUAUAUGGCCAGCGCACUUUAUUGAGCUGGCAAGCUUCUAUUUACUCAGCACUCACCGUAGAAGCAGUAGCUCACUCUCCUCUCUGACUGGUGUAGGUGCGUUGGGUGGGAGUGUCCAGUCUUGCUGUAGCGCACCAAGUGCCCUCUUCAGGACACAUAAUGAAAUGCAACAACAAAAAUGUCCGAUUCUAUGAAAAACUGCUUUUUUUCAGAGCGUUUUCUCCACAUCGUAUAUCGGUCCUUCUCGGUGGGUUAAACGCCGAUACAAAUACAUCGGUAAAAGGUUAAUAUCGGCCGAUAAUAUCUGUCAACUGAUAAAUCGGUCGGUCUCUAGUUGAAAGUAACUAACGUUUCUUGCACAAGCUGUAUGUGAAAGUAAAUUCGGAGUGAGGUUGGGUUGUAGUCUACAUUGACAUCUGAUUUGCCCAAAGGACAAUCAUUCGUCCAUGGUUGAUUGGAUCUUUGGAAGUUUAGAAGUAGUUACCAUUAGCCCUAUAAAUAGGAUACCAAAUUCAUGAUAUUAAUAGAAAACUUUUACCUUUGGAUAUUUUCUUUUAUAUGUGUUAUUCAUUAUAUAAGUGGCCCGAUUUAAGAAAUCAUAGGCCCUGGGGCUAUUAAAAGACUAUUGGCAGUUACCUGUAUGUGCUUGUGAUACAACUUAAUCCACAGUUCUUUAUUUUUUAGAAACGUUUAGAAACUAAAUGAUGCUCUCUGCUGUGUUUUGAACAUUGAGAGCGGGCUCCUGUUGUUUUUUAAAAUUAUUAUUCUCCUUGGGCCCCCUAUGGUCUUGGGCCCACAUACAGCUUGUGUAAGAAAAGUUUGUUACUUUCAACUAUUCAAUGUUAUGUAGAUAGUCUAUGCAAAUGAGUAUGGAAGCUGAUCAAUGUCUAAACAUGUUGAGAUAAUAGCUCAGCUGAAACAUACACAGCUUGUUUCCCAAGCAUUUAGGAAAAUGUUUUCAGACCCCUUGACUUUUUCCAUAUUGUUGCGUUACAGCCUUAUUCUAAAAUUGAUUAAAUACCCCAUAAUAACAAAGCAAAAACAGGUUUUUAGAAAUUUUUGCAAAUGUGUAUAUAUAUAUUUAAAAAAAACUCACAUUUACAUAAGUAUUUAGACCCUUUACUCAGUACUUUUUUUGAAGAACCUUUGGCAUCGAUUACAGCCUCGAGCCUUCUCGGGUAUGACGCUACAAGCUUGGCACACCUGUAUUUGGGUAGUUUCUCCCAUUCUUCUCUGCAGAUCCUCUCAAACUCUGCCAGGUCAGAUGGAGAGCGUUGCUGCACAGCUAUUUUCAGGUCUCUCCAGAGAUGUUAGAUUGGGUUCAUGUCCAGGCUCUGGCUGGGAUGAAGGACAUUGAGAUUUGUCCAGAAGCCACUCCUGCAUUGUCUUUGGAAGUCCUGAGUGCUCUGGAGCAGGUUUUCGUCAAGGAUGUCUUUGUACUUUGCUCCGUUCAUCUUUCCCUCGAUCCUGACUAGUGUCCCAGUCCCUGCCGCUGAAAAAUAUCCCCACAGCAUGAUGCUGCCACCACCAUGCUUCACCGUAGGUGCCAGGUUUCCUCCAGACGUGACGCUUGACAUUCAGGCCAAAGAGUUCAAUCUUGGUUUCAUCAGACCAGAGAAUCUUGUAUCUUAUGGUCUGAGAGUCCUUUAGGUGCCUUUUGGUAAACUCCCAAGUGGGCUGUCAUGUGCCUUUUACUGAAAAGUGGCUUCCGUCUGGCCACUCUACCAUAAAGACCUGAUUGGUGUAGUGCUGCAGAGAUGGUUGUCCUUCUGGAAGGUUCUCCCAUCUCCACAGAGGAACUCUGGAGAUCGGUCAGAGUGACCAUCGGGUUCUUGGUCACCUCCCUGACCAAGGCCCUUCUCCCCCGAUUGCUCAGUUUAGCCGGGCGGCCAGCUCUAGGAAGAGUCUUGGUGGUUCCAAACUUCUUCCAUUUAAGAAUGAUGGAGGCCACUGUGUUCUUGGGGACCUUCAAUGCUGCAGAAAUGUUUUGAUACCCUUCCCCAGAUCUGUGCCUUUCCACAAUCCUGUCUCUGAGCUCUACGGACAAUUCCUUCGACCUCAUGGCUUGGUUUUAGCUCUGACAUGCACUGUCAACUGUGGGACCUUAUAUAGACAGGUGUGUGCCUUUCCAAAUCAUGUCCAAUCAAUUGAAUUUACCACAGGUGGACUCCAAUCAAGUUGUAGAAACAUCAAGGAUGAUCAAUGGAAACAGGAUGCACCUGACUCAAUUUCAAGUCUCAUAGCAAAGAGUCUGAAUACUUAUGUAAAUAAGGUAUUAUCAUUUUUUUGCAAACAUUUCUAAAAACCUGUUUUCACUCUGUCAUUAUGGGGUAUUGUGUGUAGAUUGAGGAAAUAUGGAAAAAGGGAAGGGGUCUGAAUACUUUCCGAAUGCACUUUAUAGUAUGCAUCUGGAUGGUAGACUUGUUCUCACUGAAAUGCAUUACCCCUCAUACACCAGUAGUCACUGUUCAGGCAGGGAUUGUUAGACUGUGGCUUCGCAUUUUAUGUCAAUAUACCUCUUUAUUUAGGUUGCUGGCAUAACGUUGAAACAAUGACGCUGAUUAAAACAUACAAUUUGACUAUCAACAUUGAACCAUGGCAAAUAAAAUGUCUAAUAAAAUUAAACAAUUUCAACUACCCAACGUUUCUAUGUGUAAUUUAAUGCCAUUUCAACGUGUAUAUAUAGUUCUGAAGAUUGUUGAAAUUAGACUGACGUAACAACCUGUUAAGCCAAUGUAUUUAAGUUUUACUCUCAUUUCAAUGUUUACAACACUGGUUGAAAUGAGAAACAGUACUGGUUGAUUUUUAUUUUAUCCAAUGUAUUUUCCACGUUGAUUCCACAUCACAAUGCAUUGAUAAAUUAUGUUGAAACAACGUUGAUUCAACCAGUGUUUGCCCAGUGGGAUGCCUCUUGUAGGUACCAAUGGAGAAAAAAAAUCCAGUAUACAAUUGCACUUGCAAGACAAAACUUGUCUCUAUGGUGAAUCAAUUCUCCUUUCUCUCUCUUUAUUAGUGGCACCUUGAUGUUAGCUUCUUUUCAGUAAUGACAACAAGACAGGUUUCCACAAGCAUUUUUAUAGUUCUUCCCCUUGUUCCUCUGCUAAAACUCUCGCUCUCUCGCAGCAGCAGCAAGGUCGGUGCAUGCCGACGGGGAUGUACGGCUACUACCCACCAGGUGGGCGCGGGCGUCUCUUCACCAUCAUCAACCACUACAACAUGGCUAAGCAGACCAUCACCCGGUCCGUGUCCCCGUGGAUGACCGUCAUGUCAGAGGAGAAGGUCACCCAGCAGGAGACCGAGACCCACCAGAAGCUGGCCUAAUGCACUGGGCUGUAUUCAGAGGUGAAACAUUAAGAAUGUUACAGAUAAAAAUGCAAUGAAUAGAGCUGACUUGAUGCCCAAUUCUACAUGAGCGCUAAUCAUGUGUGUGCUACAAAAUGUAUUUAUAUCUCAGCGUUUUGUAACGUUGCACCCUUCUGUACUAGGAUCACCAUCUAGACAUGUGAAGAAAGGAUACGCGGUGCCAUUCAAGCAAACCCAAAUCUGGAAAAGCGUUCUUGAGCUAAAAUGAUUAUUCCUGAGCUGCACCAGUUUUAAUUGAUAUUGUAGAACUGCAAUGUAUCAGGCAUUAAGUAUUGUUUUAAUCAGUUCAAUUAUUUUACAGAUGCCUUUGUGUAAGCACAGACCGGAACAGCGGUCGGAGGGAUAUCGGUUUUGUUUGAAUAGCUUCCGUGGUUAGUUCUUUAAAUUAUUUGAGUGGCGAACACACACACAAACAUGUCUUGCCACACUCAUUGACAAAACAUCUUUGUACACAAACGUAAAUGGGGAAUAGAAUCUCACUUUAGUACCCCAAAUAUAAACUGACUGUGAACCAUAUAGUCUGUGGAGCUGGUUUAACCACACAUGCAUGCAUGACUUUAUAAGGCUUAUGUAUUUUACACAGACUGUCUUUAUUACAAAAAAAACAUAUGAAGUACCGUCAGAAUGUACUGUUUAGCCCUUGAGAUCCUGCUAAAAUGACUGAUAAAAAAAUAACGUUUUUCUCCUCGAUGGUUUUGCCUCUCCCAUUUGUGGAUGAAUGGGCUAUGACUCACUUGAAGAUACAUUUUUAUAAUCUAAAAUCUUAAUGAAUACAAUCCAAAAGUCAUGUCCUAUUGAUGUUUUCGAAGUCAAAUGACUCCAAUGUGUAGAGAACUUUUAAUUCUGGGUCUUGUUCAGUAAGCACGAAACGGGAACCCAUUUUGAAACAGGGAGAUACUACCUUUUCAAAACACUUUGCGACGCUGUGCCAUACUGAACACGACCCUGGCAUGACGCUCACUAUAUUUGUCUGUAGAGCUCGCCUUUAUUGUGAACAACACUGUUUGAUCAGGCACUACGUCAAGGUCUAGAGAAAGCAUGCGAAUGCUUAUUGUCACUGCAUAGCAUAUCCCAUGUUGUUGAUACUGAAUGUUUUUGCAUUGCUCUUGAAGGUAAUGUGUCAUGCCAUUGAAUGGGGUUCUGUAGUUGUCAGUCACCCUAGAAGGCAGUCAAGUCAUACAGAAAUACCAGAUUGAGUGAACGCGUGCAGUGCAACUCUAAAAAAGACAUCUGACAGGAGAUUGCUUCAUUACUUAAAAAAAACAAUUUGUCAUUAAAGGGGUGUAAUUUAAGUUUGUUCAAUGAUACAAUGACUUAAACAGAAGUACAUUUUAUGCUGUUUUUUGGGGACAAUUGAGGAACAUGGAUUGGCUUUGAACUGUAAACCAAAUAUCUAUUAAAAUGCACACAUUUCACAUCAACCUUUGAGUAAUCCAUCACAUUAAACAAGAGAUGAAGUUCCUUUAUGCUAAUUUCCAAAGCCAAUUCUUUGGAUCGUGGUUCAUGCCAUAGGCCCAGAUUUCUAGAUCUGUAUGUAAUCUGGAUACUAUUGUUUUGCCAUGAACUACUGCUAAAUGAUGUAAAUGUAAACUAGACUAGGGAAUGGCUGAAGUACAAUCCAUACAAUAUAUCAACUAGUGAAUGUGUGGAUUUCUUGCUGUAAUUUGGGGAAAUAAGAAAAAAUAGGAAAAUGUCAUUCACAAGCAGUGCUUCAUUUUAUUGGUGUUAGGACCAGGUUUUUACACAAGCAGUGUAAGUGCAAAGUGGAGUUAUACCAACACAAAUACUCCCAUUGAUUGAUCAUAACCACUAUCUUUACACAAACAAAAGGCUUACAUGCUCGGUGUAACUCAUAAUAACCAUUCUUUAAAAUAUCGCAACUGCAAGAGCUAAGCCUUAACUCAUGGUAUAUUAGUGAUUAUAAACCGGGUGAUUCGAGCCCUGAAUGCUGAUUGGC